UUUUUAUUUGAGGGAGAAACUUUUCCUUCUUGUUUCAAUGUAAUAAAUCAUAUUUAAUCAUUUCUACUUUGCUUGAAGUUUUCUCUUAUGCCAAAGAAGACAAGUACCUCCAAAGUUUGAACGCUUCUACCAAGGUUUGAGAAAUUGGAGAUAAACUGUCGACAUGAUUACCAUUCUAUACAAAAUUCUUUCAAACAUGGUAAUCCUCCUUGUUAUCAUUAUGAAAACAGAACAUUUCAUAACGUCAGAUCGAAUACAGAUUUGGGUGACCAGGAUUGUGAAUUAAGAAUCGUCAAAUGCAUCAAUAUUUCACUUCCUUCAGGUUACAACAAAGACGAUAUGAAAGUGUAUGUGUCCUAUGAAUUUCCCUUUCCAAACGAUCAACCUCAAACUGGCUUCACGGAAACCAUCAAACACAACAUUAAUCCUGAAUUUGAUCAAAAGUUUAAGAUAUCUAUCGACAGAAAAAACAGAUCGUUGGCGAGAAUAUUUCGACAACAAAGUGUGAAAUUUGAAAUAAAAUACAACAGAGGAUUUCGGAAAGGUGACAAGACGCUGGGUCAAACUUCUCUUAAGUUAUCACCGUUUGAUAAUAGAUGUGAAAUUCACGAUGUCUUAAUCUUAUGGAUCCCGAGAAAGGUCGCAAGGCGAUUGGUGGAAAGAUUGAAGUCAAAUUACGUAUUCGUGAACCUCUGACAGAUAAAGAUGUUGAAAUCUUGACGCAAAAAUGGUUGGUCAUAGAUGCAUUUGUAGCACCAACAAAUAGA